AUGACGGACACACCAGUGGAGGAAUCCCUCUUCCAAAUCAUCCACUGCUACCACGAGUAUGCUGCCCGGGAAGGGGAUGUAGAGACACUGUCGCUGGAGGAGCUGAAGGCUCUGCUCAUGGACAAUGUGCCCCGCUUCAUGGAGACCUUGGUGCGUGGGGUUGGACAGGGCCAGGCCACACUCUCCCUACCGACCGCCACCAUCCUCCCACCAGCAGACCGAGGAGCGCCUGGCCUUCACUGCAGGGUGGUGCUGGAGUGCGUGGUUGACCCUCUACUCACUUCUCAGGGCCGGAAGGAGCCGUACUACAUCACACAGUUGUUCCAGGCGGCAGACAAGAACCAGGACAACCAGAUCUGCUUUGAGGAGUUCCUCUACAUCUUGGGCAAGCUGGUGAAGGACUACCACCUGCAGUACCACCGGCAGCUGUGUGCCCACUACUGCACCCAGCACAGCCUCUAUUAG